GAGGAGGAGUUGCUGCUGCGGGCGGUUCCGGAGCUGGCGGAUGAGGUGGUGGCGGAGGUGGAGGGGCUGCAGGCGUCAGUGCAGGAGUCCAUGCUGCGGCAGUGGCAGCUGGAGGCGGGGCAGCCGCUGCCGCCUGCGCCGCCGCCCCCGCAGCCCCCCCGGCCGGUGGUGGGGCUGGAGGUGAAGGAGCUGCUGAGGGCCGCCCCCAGCCUGCCGCUGCCCGGCGUGUGCUCCUUCCUGCGCGACCUGCUGGGUGGGGGCGGGCGGUGGCCCACCCUGGCGCUCAGCUGCGCGUGGGACGGCAUCGAGGCGCGGCCGCCGGCGCGGGGGGCGCUGCUGGAGCUGGUGCUGGAGGCG